CAAGACAGAGUAGUUCUGAACUCAUAACCAAUAGGACAUCUUCAUAUUAACCUCAAGUAAAAUAGUUCACUUAAAACCUUUAGUACUGAAGGACCAAAAAGUAUUUGUUGGCAUUCGAAAUUUGAAUUUGAAGUGAUUCCAAAGAGUUUAUAAAUUUUUAACUACCAUAAAGUAUAAAUAUUGUAUAAAUAUUCGAAAUUUAAAUUUGAAGUGAUUUUAUCUAAAGUUUUCGUGAUAAAAAGUGUAUUCUGAAAGUCAUUUAACUUUCUAAGUACCAACAGAAGACCAAAAGGAGCAAAAAUGACUUUGCGUCGGAUGGUCAAUGACUCCGUUCAUUGGUUCGUGGGAGAACUAACUUCAAGAAUAGUAGCCGAGUCUGGGAUACCGACGGACAGGUAUCAUCUUGGCAAGAUAUUACUGCAAAGCUUCAAGGAUGCACCGGAUUUCGUGUUGCAGAUCGACGGAGCUACAGGAGAAUCGGAAACAUACGGUUCAGCUCUUGAGAGGACCGUUCGAUGUGCUACCUGUUUCAAGAACCUGGGUCUUGGGCAUGGAGACGUGGUGAUACUCAUGGCACCCAAUCAUUUGGAUGUAGCUAUACCCUUGUAUGCUGCUCUGUACCUUGGGAUUAUUGUCGCAGCUGUAGACAGGACUUUGACUAUUAAUGAACUACAACAAACCUUCGCCUUCUCUAAACCGAAAGCUAUAUUCUGCCAAAGUGAUAGAGCAUCUGAUAUCCAACUUACUCUGAACAACCUGAACUUAGACGCUCAGAUUAUCAGCUUCGAUAAAGGAGACUACCUCUGCAGUUUUAAGGAUUUUAUGGCCAAUUAUGGAGAUGACUUGCCUGUGGAUGAAUUCAAAUGUGCGAACUUUGACCCUGAAGAAUCACCAGCGUUCCUGAUAGCUACCAGUGGAACAACUGGUCUGCCCAAAGCUGCUGCGGUCACCCACAAGAAUUUUGCUAUCAUCACACCUUAUGUCUGGGCCAGAUACACGAAAUUCCCAACACCGACUCGUCUGGCCCUGAUAGGCUCACCACUGCAGUGGUUGACAGCGCUCCUGAACUUCAUCAUAUCACCGUUGUUGAGGUUCCAAAGGCUGCAAACGUCAGAAAACAUGACGCAAGAACAUGCUUAUGAGCUAAUUAAUAAAUACAAGCCAACAUAUUCAAUCUUCAGCCCCACAAUGAUGACGACUCUCAUAAAGCCUGAUGACCGAGAUCGAUGUGACUUCACAUGCUUGGAACUCCUCAUGUUAGGUGGAAGUGCUGUUCCUCAAGAUCUUGUUGAUGAUCUGAAGAUGAUAUCACCAAAUACAGAAGUCGUGAAUGUAUAUGGCAUGAGUGAGCUGAGUGGUGUCGCGUUUCAUGGGGACGAUCCCGCCCCAGGGUCCUGUGGGAAACCCAUGGGAUGCUUUCAAUAUCGGAUAGUAAACGUUGAAACAAUGGAAGAUGUUUAUGAACCUAAUGUGCCAGGCGAGUUGUGGAUCAAAGGACCAACAGUUUUCAAGGAAUACUAUAACAACCCAGAGGCUACAGAAGAAACGUUUGCCGAAGACCGGUGGUUCAAAACCGGAGAUAUGUUCUACAGAGAUGAGAACAGGAACUUCUUCUUCGUGGAAAGAAUCAAGUUAUUACUCAAGUACAUGAGUAAUCAGAUAUCCCCAGUGGAAAUCGAAGCAGUAAUCCGGCAACACCCGGGCGUGUUAGACGUAGCUGUGACCGGAGUCCCGGAUGCAGCGUGUGGUGACCUGCCCGUGGCUUGCGUUGUGCCACGCCCGGGAGCCGAACCUAGUGCUGAUGAGAUUAAGGAUCUGGUUAAAAAUACUCUAUCAGACGCCAAACAGCUGAGAGGAGGCGUGAUAUUUGUGGACGCUAUACCAAUGACAGCAUCCACCAAAGUGCACAGGAGGAAACUAAAACAAAUGGCCCUAGAAAUGCCAAGAGAAUAGAUCUUAUUGAUUAUUUAGCACUUGUUUAGCCAAGUAAAGAUGCAGCACUUCAAGCUACCCGGUAGAAUAGUAAAUUUUUCCCAAUCAAUAUUGAAACUUAUAGUUUACAUAUAAGGUUGAAUAUCUAUUAAAGAAAGAUUUUUGCUUAGUUGACACGCAGAUUAGAACAGACUCAUCCUCCGAACCUUUUUCCCAACUAUGUUGGGAUCGGCUUCCAGUCUAACCGGAUUCAGCAGUUGAGUACCAGUGCUUUACAAGGAGCGACUGCCCUAGGCUUUCCCUUUCUACUAGGUUGUUCAAAUAUAUGUAGCUGAAUAGAAAAUUGUUAAGCAUUAGACGCUGUGACCAAUUUGGCUAUGAUUAGAAUCUCCCGAUAUUUAAUAAUAUUCCGUAGUAUAUAAUGUAGGUGUAGUAAUUUUAUUUUUUUGGAACUUACCUAAUUAAUUGAAAUCUACACUUCAUGCUUUAUCGAAUAUUGUAAGUAUAGAUAACUAUUUUAGCAAAAAUAUUUAUAAUUGUUAACAAACGCUUAAAUAAAGUUUAUUCUAAUAGAA